GCUGCGGAGCCAUGAGCCGCGUCACCGUCUCCCUGGCGCUGGCCCUGCUGCUGUGCGGGGCCCAGGGCUUCCUCCUGCCCAACGCCACCCGCCUGGAGAGGCUGCUCGGCAAGUACCGGCAGGCCGAGCCCCACGCGCGCGUGCGCAGGGCCAUCCCCAGGGAGGACCGCGAGGAGAUCCUCAUGCUGCACAACAAGCUGCGCGGCCAGGUGUACCCUCCGGCCUCCAACAUGGAGUACAUGACCUGGGAUGAAGAGCUGGAGCGGUCGGCGGCCGCCUGGGCCCAGGAGUGCGUCUGGGAGCACGGCCCGUCCAGCCUGCUGGUGUCCAUCGGGCAGAACCUGGCUGUGCACUGGGGCAGGUACCGCUCUCCCGGCUUCCACGUGCAGUCCUGGUACGACGAGGUGAAGGACUACACCUACCCCUACCCGCAGGAGUGCAACCCCUGGUGCCCGGAGCGCUGCUCGGGCGCCAUGUGCACGCACUACACGCAGAUCGUCUGGGCCACCACCAACAAGAUCGGCUGUGCCGUGCACACCUGCCGCACCAUCAACGUCUGGGGCGACCUGUGGGAGAACGCCGUCUACCUCGUGUGCAAUUACUCUCCCAAGGGGAACUGGAUCGGAGAAGCCCCCUACAAGACCGGCCGGCCCUGCUCCGAGUGCCCGCCCAGCUUCGGGGGAGGCUGCAGGAACAACCUGUGCUACCGAGAGCCCGCCAAGCAGAAACCCGAGACAGACGAGAUGAAUGAGGUGGAGACGGCGCCCGCGCCCAAGGAGACGGCCGACCGGCUCCAGCCCAGGGUGGUCAGGCCCACGAAACCCAAGAAGACCCCCGCCGUCAGCUACAUGACCCAGGACAUCGGCUGUGACACCCAGAUGAAGAACAAGUGCAGAGGGUCCACGUGCAACCGGUACCGGUGCCCGGCAGGCUGUCUCGCGAGCAAGGCGAAGGUGUUCGGAUCCCUGUUUUACGAGAGUGCUUCCAGCAUCUGCCGGGCCGCCCUCCACCACGGCGUCCUGGACGACCGAGGGGGCCUGGUGGACAUCACCAGGAACGGCAUGGCGCCCUUCUUCGUCAAGUCCCAGAAGAACGGCGUGGAGUCCCUGAGCAAAUACAAGCCUUCCAGUUCGUUCCUGGUGUCAAAGGUGAAAGAGCAGGCCCUGGACUGCUACGCCACGGUCGCGCAGCUCUGCCCGUUUGCGAAGCCGGCUACCCACUGCCCACGAAUCCUCUGUCCGGCCGGCUGUCGGGACCAGCCACCCCACUGGGCCUCUGUGUUUGGCAGCAACAUCUACGCUGAUGUGAGUAGGGCCCUUGGUGCCCCUCAGCCCCGUGGAGCCCAGCAUCCCGCGGGGCUCUGUGGCCUCAUCUUACCAGACUGCCCUUCCGUUUGA